UGUCCGCGCUGCUUAGCAUAUAUGAAGGGAAAAGACAGACAGAGAGAAGAAGCCCGCCAAGCUCUCACCGCCGCUCCAAAAAUGGUGGAAACCCCGCCACUCGACGCCUUCUCAUUGAUCACAUCUCCCAACCCAACGACACCUUAGUUCUACUCAAUCCUUCUUGCCCUUUUGCAGUCUCCAUCGACGGAGCGAGACCAUGAUUGUUUGACCCCCGAAUGGCGAAAAAUGGCCUCGUCCCCUGUCCCAGCGCCCUCAACAACCUGCUGACUUCUCUCAUUCGUUCCGGCUCGUUCGACAAGGCGUGGCGCCUGUUCAGUGACUCCAGGGCCAAACCCGGAACAGUCGACGAGCGGAGCCUCGGGAUCAUGGUGAAGGGCUGCUGCGAAGCCGGUCGCUUGGACAGGGGUCUCGAGAUCUUCGCCCGGUUGAAGGAGAUGAACUGGUCUCCGGUGGCUUACGUAUACACGGCCUUGAUCGAUGGCUGUUGCAAAAGCGACGACGUCGAAAGGGCCGGAGAAUUGUUCUCCGAGAUGAGUGAGCUGGGUUUGGUUGCCAAGCGCAACACCUACAGAGUGUUGCUUGAUGGGUAUCUGAGGAAAGGCAUGAAGGAAGAUGGUUUCGAGCUGUUCCGAAAGAUGAAGGUUAGUGGGGUUGUUCCGAGCGUACAUACUUGCAAUCUCAUGAUCAACGUGCUUUGCAGGGGAGGUGAUGUAAACAGAGCCUUUGAACUGUUCGACGAAAUGCGCGAGCGAGGGAUCGCGUACAGCGUUGUUACAUUCAACGUUCUCGUUCGGGGGCUGUGUCGUGAGUCGAGAGUUUGGGAAGCCGAGAGGUUGGUGGACUUGAUGAAAAGGAGCGGUAUGAAUCCGGACGUGAUUACAUAUAAUACGCUCAUACAUGGAUUUUGUCACUGUGGGAAGUUGGAUAAGGCUUUCAGCUUAUUUGAUCAACUGAAGUCAAAUGGUCACUCCCCAUCGUUGAUUACAUACAACACUUUGAUUGCUGGAUUCGCUAGAGCCAAGAAUUUGCCUGCAGUGACUGAUUUGGUGAAGGAGAUGGAGGAGAGAGGCAUCUCUCCUUCGAAAGUGACCUAUACUAUUCUAAUAGAUGCCUUCGCGAGAUCAGAUGACAUGGAGAAAGCAUCCGACAUCUAUUCAUCCAUGCAGAAGGCAGGAUUCAUUCCUGAUGUGCACACAUACGGUGUUUUAGUACACGGGUUGUGCACAAAUGGUAAUAUGAAGGAAGCAUCGAAGCUGUUCAAGUCAAUGCGUGAUGGGUGUGUAGAACCCAACGAUGUGAUAUACAACACAAUGAUCCAUGGAUACUGCAAAGAGGGCAGCUCGUAUAGGGCCCUGAGUUUGCUCACGGAAAUGGGCAAGAAAGGAAUGGUUCCUAACUUCGGCAGCUACAGUCAUACCAUCGAGGUUCUUUGCAAGGAUUGCAAGUGGGAAGAGGCAGAGGAUUUACUGAAUGCCAUGGUGAAGUUAGGUUUGAAACCGUCUCUUGCUCUUCAUAAUAUGAUUUCAAAGGCAAAGAGUGGCACAAGUUAGCGUGGCAAGACUGAGCUAUGUAUAUUAUGGAGCUCUUUUGUGGAAAUUCAAUUUCUAUAGACCAAUCAAAUGGCAUAGUCCAAAGAGUUGCUUCCAGCCGGAAUUGACCAGUGCCAACGAGCAAGUACCAACCUCUGCAUCUGUAAGAUUCUGCCUUGGGUUGGGUAUCAAGUCGUGCAUAAUUUUGAACUUCCAAUUCUUGGAGGAGCUCCUUUUAAAGACCGAUCAAAAUGGCGAGCGCAAUGGCGUCUCUUUUCGCAUUCGGUGACGUUGCAGGUGCCCACAACGCUACAAGAGCCAAAAAGGAGUUGAAGCGAAUCGUUCAUAAUUUGAAAAUAGGAUAGAAGAAAGGACAGAGAAGAACAAACAGAGACGAAGCGAUAACUGAAGGCUUGUGUUGUAGCAUAUUUUGAGAGAGAGAGAUGGUAAUGGACUUUAGGUUUGUAACGAGGAAUGGGAUUCUAAUUCCUAUAUUUUUCAUGUUUGGAGAGAAAUCAAAAGGUGGAAUUGGAUUCCACUUGAAAUAGGGUUGCUGAAAAAUGCGGAAUUGGAUUACCUAGCAAUAGUUUUCAUAUUAUGAGUCCACAUUUCUAA